AUGACACACAUGUGCUUUUUCUUCCUGCUGAUGAGUAAUGCCGCUUCGGUCUCCACACAGUUUAAUGGAUACAACUGUGAUGCCAGCUACCACAGCAGGUUUCCUGGUGAGCGGGACAUCAGUGUGUACUGCGGGGUUCAGACCAUCACCUUGAAGAUCAACUUCUGCCCCGUGCUCUUCUCCGGCUAUACCGACGCAGAUUUGGCCCUGAACGGUCACUAUGGUGACGCUCAAUGCCGUGGAUUUAUCAACAACAACACCUUCCCCACGGCGGUCCUGUUCAGCAUCAGCCUCAGCACUCUGGAGGCCUGCGGUAACAGCCUGGUGGUCAGCACAGCCUACGGGGCCAAUGCUUAUGGGAACAUGUCUCUGGUACAAAUUGGGAAUGUCUCAGGCUAUAUCGACACCCCUGACCCGCCAGCUAUAAUCAGCUACCUGCCCGGUUUGUUGUACAAGUUCAGCUGCAGCUAUCCACUGGAGUACCUGGUCAAUAACUCACAGCUGGCAUCCUCCUCUGUUGCUGUAUCCGUCAAGGACAGCAACGGUACAUUUGUGAGCACGUUGAGUAUGAUUCUGUACAACGAUUCGACAUACAAUCAACUGCUCUCAAUUCCAAUGGCUGGACUGGCUCUGAAAACCAGAGUAUUUGCUGCUGUGAAAGCAACACACUUGGACAAACGGUGGAACAUUUUGAUGGACUACUGUUACACAACCCCCUCAGGGAAUCCUAAUGAUGAACUCCGCUAUGACCUUUUCUUUGGCUGCUACAAAGACCCACAGACGACAGUUUUCGAAAACGGGAAGAGUCAGUCGGGACGUUUUUCCUUUGAGGUUUUCCGUUUUGUGAAACACAAACACCAGAAGAUGUCAACCGUGUUCCUGCACUGCGUCACCAAGCUUUGCCGGGCAGACCACUGCACUAUGCUCAUGCCGAUUUGUGGGCGAAGGCGCAGGCGGGAUGGGGAGGAGAGCCUUGAUUCCCCACCAGCGGCAUCUGGGACCGCUGUCAUCACAGCUGGACCAAUCAUCACCAGGAGUGAUGAAACUCCUGUCAACAACUCACAACUUGCAUCUGGAGACCACACAUUGAACCCAGUGACCAGUGCUCUAAUUUCAGGCGUGGUCAUGCUGGGCGGGGUCAGUGUGGGCUUCCUCCUGCUGUCACUCCGCCUCCUGAAGAAGUCCCGCCUGCCAACAAGCACAGCCUCAGGUGUUUGGAACACCACCUUUAAAUGA